AUGGUACCCAUUAAUGACUUGAGAGCAGCCGGGGAGGCUGAGUUAAGGGAGGAGACAGAGAGCGCUGCAAAUGUUAAUCAACAGGACGACUCAGCAGCACGAGCAGCCAAGGAGGAUGGGACAAGUUAUUCAUCGGCAGCAGCAGCAGCAGCAGCAGCAGUGGCAGCAGCAGGGGGAACACUUCUUUUGUUGUUUCUCCGAGCCAGGAGAGGCACGAGUGUGAACUUGGAUUGGCUUUCAGGCUUUCGUGCAGCUGCUACUGCGCCCACCCCAGGCGCCACUGUUACUGCUGGUACUGCCAGUGCUGCUGUGGCCUUAGUGGCAGUAACAACCGUGACAAUAGCAGGCGUUGCGCUCGGUAUGCUCCCCUCACUUCGCCAAAUAUUGCAGAGUUGCACCAAGACAGGGAGCGUUGCUAGCUUCGAUACGACCAGAAUCAGCAGGCCAUCAAGCAACGAGCUUCCAUCUCGCAUAGUUUUGCUGUCGCUUGAAGAGCUGGUGUUUCUGUGCGGUCAUGUCAAAUGCAUGGUGUAUGUGGACCAUGGUGACAACAUGCAUACAAUGCGUGAAUUGGAUUCCGAACGAAGCUCGGAGCAGCAGAUCAAGGAACGAAGGGACGAGCCUGCAGCAGCCGCACCAAGCCAGCAGUUAGGGUUUCAGCGGACCAGCAACACAGGAGAUGUCACCAAGAGAGAUUGUAGUGGUGGGGAUGGUAACCGGAGCGGUAGUGCUAGCAGAGAUAGCAGCAGGGGAGAUGAGCAUUCCCUUGGACCAACAGCAACAUGGGAGGAGGUAAAAGCGCAGGAGCUAGUGCAGUAUGGUGAGGUGUGGAGGAGAGGGUUUGGGGCGAUGGCAGCAGUGUAUGGGCAGCUGAGAGGGAGAAACUGGGUGGUGCGACCGGGGUUGCAGUUUGGCAGCCAUUUCACAGCGUACCAACACCACCCUGCACUCGUGCAUUCCAAGGCUCAGCAACCCAGUUCCAACAUGGAACGACCUACAUGCCACUGUUCGCCUCGCUUCCACUGUUGCCAAGAAACUAUUGAUUGCAUAUGUGGAUGA